AUGUCCAAGUUCGGAGUCCUGGUUAUGGGCCCUGCCGGCGCCGGCAAGACGACUUUCUGCAAUGCCAUCAUCCAACACCUCCAAAACACUCGUCGCAGCUGCUUCUACGUCAACCUCGACCCCGCCGCCGAAUCAUUCCAAUACAACCCGGACCUCGACAUCCGCGAACUCAUCACCCUCGAAGAUGUAAUGGAAGAACUCGAACUGGGGCCCAACGGCGGCCUCAUAUACUGUUUUGAGUUUCUGAUGCAGAACUUGGAUUUUUUGACUGAAGCACUGGAUCCGCUGAGUGAGGAAUAUUUGAUCAUCUUUGAUAUGCCCGGCCAGAUCGAGCUGUAUACGCACAUCCCGCUUUUGCCGACACUCACCAACUUCCUUAGCCGCCAAGGUCCCCUGAAUAUCAACCUGUGCGCCGCAUACCUGCUUGAGAGUACCUUUGUCAUUGACAAGGCCAAGUUUUUUGCCGGUACAUUGAGCGCAAUGUCUGCUAUGAUCCUGCUGGAGAUGCCCCACAUCAACAUAUUGAGCAAGAUGGAUCAAGUCAAGGACAUGGUUGGACGUCGGAGAUUAAAACGAUUUAUCAAUGUUGACGUACAACUAUUAGACGAGGAUGAUAACGCGGAUGGGAAAGCGCCGAAAACGAUAACGCAGGACGACGACGACGAUAUUGAAGCAGAAGAACAAGAUGUACGGGUGGACCCUUCGUCAAAGGGCGAAUUGAUGAGUGGCGGGUCAUUCAAUCGUUUGAACAAGGCUGUCGGCCAGCUCAUUGAUGAUUUCAGUAUGGUCUCGUUUCUGCAGUUGGACGUCUCGGAUGAGGAUAGUGUGGGCGCGAUCUUGAGUUAUAUUGAUGAUGCCAUUCAGUACAAUGAAGCGCAAGAGCCGCGGGAGCCGAAUGAUGCGCAAGAGGUUGAUUACGAGGAUGCAGAUGUUUGA